CUUCUAAUAUGAAGAACAAAAACAUGAAGAAUCCGUGACUUAUCAGUCUUGUAGCAGGUGCAGAAAUCCGGAACUCCUGGUGCUGGAGCUGAUUCCUUUUUUUCUUCUCAAAUAAAAUGUAAAUGACAGGGGUACAGAAAUAUAACUACGCCUCGAACCGCAUUCGAGUUCAAAAGCUACAGCUAGUUUUAGUUUUCUGUUUGUAUUGAGAGGCAUUCUUCUUGUCUCAAAUCGAAACUCCCCUGCAAUUUUCCCAUCUGUUUACAACUUUUGUAGUUACUUGUGCCAAUUUCAAUCGAAUCUCCACCAUCUCUGUCCGCCUGGCUGCUUAUGUAGAACAUUCAAUUUCAAUAUCAAUUCUGUUUCUGAUCUUGGUCAAUUUUCCUAGUAUUAGCCCGGUAGGUUGAGUUGUAGCAGGAGAAAUGGAACGACGAGACGAGACAGAAAUGCCGGGAGCGGAUCGCUCGAGCGCCAUCGAUGGGACCAAGAAGUGCAGAUUGCAGGCACUGAAGCAAUUCUUCGACAAAGACCACGCAAAGGAAAUCGGAAGGCUUCAGAGCAGCCUUUUCUGUGACCUCUUUGUGAUGUUGCACCAGCAUGUUCUUCAGUUUGUAGACCGGUAUGAAGAAAGGGACAAUUACCAGCACCUCAACCUGCAGCAGAAAACGAAAAGCGAUGCAUCGGUCUGGUUCAAUGACGAAGGACCGCUUUACCGUGAAGAAUUUGACCGAUAUGUGGUGGAGUUCGUCGCAGACCACCUUACGUCUCGCUGUACCUGCAAGAAACCAAGACCCCCGCCGCCUGCGAACCUGCCUGCUCAUGCACUGGCUGCUUUCAACAUUGUUCACGCAUUCCCGCGCGCCCCGCGCUGUAGAACAGAUAACGACACAAAGGUACUUCAUCAUUUACCAAGGACGAGAGACUAUUGCUAUACUGAUUGCGCAUUGAGUGCUCUCUCUUAUGUGAUUCGGAUGGUGGAUGUAAUGCCUAUGAGCAUGUUGCAACAACUACAACUGCACAAAAAAUCAAAAAUAAAAAACUCAAACACAAACUUCCGAUACAACAUCACAGUCACGCAGUUCGGCGUACACCACCUACGUGACAUUGAAGCGUCAUCGGUGCGCAGAACUCGUUGAACGAGCCGUCUCAGCGCGGAAAUCUAUUCCACCGGAAAUCGUACUGCACAUCUUUUCAUUUCUGGACGAUGACGUGCCGGUUAAGGGCAUCGAUGAAGAUUUGGGAAGCCGGUUUAUUUCGGACGAGGAGGUGUGGUGGAUUUUUUUUAUGUUGCUGCACCGCCCGCCAAAGGAUGUACCUAGUAUUGGAUCCCGUACUCCUUGGAAUGCAGCCCUGGAUUCGAUCCCGCACAUUACGGAUGGCAAGCAAGCGUACGAGUUCUAUUUGACUCGUCGCAUGUGCGUGCCAAUCCUCCACGGACUUGCCAUCGCGAAUAGCCGCCUGACGCAAACGACGACGUUUCUGCACGAUCUGAUCAGAGCACAGCAACACUUUCCGAUUCACAUUCACUGCGAAACUAUUCUGAGCUAUGCUCGGGUACGCGUACGUUGUAUCCAUGAGUUUAAAAUUGAACAUGAGUACCAGUUUACCUACAUCCGUGUACGAGCAUAUUGUUGUUUGAUUUUCAUUUUGCUUUUAUCUGACGCGCUUCGUUGCCUAGCCGACAUGUUGUACUCCCACACUCACAUCGCGAUCAAUCGUGAUUGGGAAUCACGGUACACGGAAUUGUCACUACGCCACGCCUCAUGAGACAGAGACGCUGAGGUGGACAUGUUUGUUUUUUCUUUCCUAUAAAAGGUAGUCGCGACGGCCAAAAACUUCGCUGCCCGAUCUAAUGGCGAACACCUGAAAAGGUUGGUGCAAAAACUGGUCGAACUGAAUCCGUACGUGUUUUCCUGCCUUGUCGACUUCAUGGCGAAGCUGCUCUCGCCAAACCACGAGGAAGUCCGGGAAGAGUGGUACCACUUUCGUGCAAACAACAUCAUGCGCAAAGGCCGAACGACAAUGUCGCCGCGUGUCGCCCUCGCGGUCCUCGAGCCGGAAGUAAUCGACACAGCUGUUGCGUCGGAUCCGCAGUUGUUGCGGGUGGUGCCGCUGUCUUUGCGUACCCUCUCCGUCUGCCGUACCGCUCUGAAGAGUGCAAGGGACACGCCGCUAGCGGACCGGACCGAGGCAGUGAGAAAGAAAUACAGCUGGUGUCCGUCUGCGUACCCAACACCCAACUCGUUGCUUGCCCACGUUCCAGAAAACAUUCUGGCUGCCGCCGUGUGUCAAAAGGUGGAGAUCGAGAACGCACCGGUGGUGCUCGAGGACGCUACAACUGCUACUAGUAACGGGGCUGCGCAGACCGCAGCGCGCUAGCGGCGUGACGACAGCAGGUGCAGGAGUACUUUAUCCUCUAGAUGCAGAACUCUAUAAUGUAGAAUGAGAAAUAAAGAGAAAGACCGAAAUGCACUGGAAUAUCGAUGUGUAUGAUGAAAUUUGAAAUAUGUAUGUUUAUAAUUGUAUAUGUGAUUUCAAUUUUGCACCACCAGCUCGGCGCAGCUGUAGCUGAACCAGCUUGAUAAUUUUUUUGCAGAUCAGAAGAAGAAAUGGACUCUUUAAGCAAUCGUGAUAUUUGGUCUGUUUCUGUUCCUGUUUAUAAGCACUAGACUACUCGCACGACUCCACUGAGACAGAGAGAACGGACCGACAACGACACACGACUUCUCUUGGAUUCAAUUUCAAAUGCCACACUUUGAAGACUUUUUCACAAUCGAUAUCAAGCUCCGUGUCUUCAAUCAAGACAGAGAAAUACGCAGCGAACUUUCCCUGAAGCAGACCUUUGGGUCAAAGCCACUUCUAUUUUUACUUCAUUUCACAAAUAAAUGCGAAGUGUUUUGACCUCAUCUGGGUUUCCCCGUGUGUUCCCGUUCGUGUUGCAAAUGGAAAUGAGCACUCAGUAAGAUCUAAGUGUGAGUGUUGUUCUAAGUCGUCUUGUGGUUUGACUUAGUCGUACGUCUGACAGUGAGUGGUUUGAGCCAGCUGUGAAAAGAA